AUGAGCUCUUCAUCCAUCAAGCAGGCAGCUGAGGCCGCACGAACUCGCACCUCAGAAGUUCUGAAGGGAGACGGUGCCGCUGUCGCCAAUGACUUCCUCCACACUCCUGUCAUGAGGGCAGCGUUGCCCUUCAUCAACGGCGGUAUCAGCGGCAUGGUAGCCACCUCUGUUAUUCAGCCCGUCGACAUGAUCAAGGUCCGCAUCCAGCUCGCUGGAGAGGGUGUUGCCGGAGGACCCAAGCCUACACCAUUGUCAGUCACCCGGGAAAUUCUUGCUAGCGGAAAGGCCCUCGACCUCUACACCGGUCUGUCGGCCGGCCUCCUGCGCCAAGCUGUCUACACAACGGCCCGCUUGGGCUUCUUUGACACCUUUAUGGGCAAGCUCGGCCAACGCGCCAAAGAGCAGGGAAACGCUAUUGGCUUCAAGGAACGUGCCACCGCGGGCCUCGCAGCCGGAGGUCUUGCCGCCAUGAUUGGAAAUCCUGCCGACCUUGCCCUCAUCCGCAUGCAGAGUGACGGACUGAAGCCCCUUGCUGAGCGCAAGAACUACAAGAGUGUCAUCGACGCUCUCUCAAGCAUUGCAAAGUCUGAAGGUGUUGCCGCUCUCUGGGCCGGUGCCGCCCCCACGGUCGUCCGUGCUAUGGCUCUCAACUUUGGUCAGCUCGCCUUCUUCAGCGAGGCCAAGGUGCAGCUCAAGCAGAAUACGCAGCUGUCCUCUCAAGUUCAGACUCUCACCGCCAGCGCCAUUGCCGGAUUCUUCGCCAGUUUUUUCUCUUUGCCCUUCGACUUCGUCAAGACCCGCCUACAGAAGCAGUCCAAGGGACCCGAUGGCAAGCUUCCGUACAAGUCAAUGGCCGACUGCUUUGCCAAGGUCGCUAAGCAGGAGGGCGUUAUGCGCUUCUACCGCGGUUUCGGUACCUACUACGUCCGCAUUGCUCCCCAUGCAAUGGUAACACUCAUCGUUGCCGACUACCUUGGCUUCAUCACCAAAUAG